GGUAAACCGAAACAAUCGAUGGUUACCAUCCCUAUUGUUUUUUAUUUUGAUUUUUUCACUACAAACACAAAAAUUAAAUACAAUGAAAAUUCCAAACGGAUUUAGACACGCAAAGUUCGCAGCGAUCAAAAAACAAUUUUAAAUAUUUAGACGCAGCUUGGAGUACCUUAAAAUAUUUCUGGAAAAUUCAGAUGGAAUUUUAAUUGUCAGAAAAAAACACGGUUUAAAAGAUGUCUGUCUUACCAUCUACUGAUUUAUCAAAUAAUAUUACAGUUAAAAAUUUACAAACGGUUAAGUCAAAUAGAAUACGUACAAUUGUUGAUGGAUUGUCUACAUUGUUAAAUGUUGGGAUAUGUCCAGACACUAUGACCCAAUGUGUGAGCCUUCUUGAAUGUGGAGUGCACUCCCAGUCUCUAGUUCAGUUCAUCAAAGAAUUAAAGGCUUUUGAAUGCACUACCAUGUCCUCCAAUUAAUUAAACAUUUUUUGUUUUUAGUUUUAUUUAUUUUAUGUUGUAUUUGAACAGAUUACUCUUAACAUUCAAUGUUAAUCCUAAUAUCUAUUUUACCGGGCACUGCAUGCUUUGGCCUUCGACUCGAACGAUGUUUAUUUAUUUGAUUUUGUCUAUGGGUACUUAAUUUUGUUGAUAUUUAUACAGUUUAGCUUGCUUAAUAAAUUCGUUUAUGGUGUAAAUAUUAUUUAUGGUGGGGGAUUUGAGUAAUGGGUAAGUGGGUUUAGUGGAGUGUUUUUCAGUGGAGAUACAUAGAUAGCUUGGUGUUGAUGUUCGGCUGAGAGCGAGCCCCAAAUUGGAGUCUGUCGCUUUGGUAUGGGCAAUUUAUGUUCACUAACAAAUAUUCAAUCUGCUCAGAAAAUAGAAUCAGAUAUUACUUUAAAAUAACUUUCUUCCGCACUCUCAAGCUUAAGGGCUCGCGCACACUGUAGCUGGAAGCUGAGCUGAUCUGAGAGCCUUUUUCAAGCAGAAUCAGCUUUUAGGGCUCGCGCACACUAUAGCUGAAAGCGGAGCUGAAAUCAAAGCUGAAAGCUCAGCUGAUCUGAGAGCUUUUCUCAGGCAGAAUCAGCUUGCAGGUGCGUACAUUGUCGGCUGAUCUGAUUGCUGAAAGCUGAAAGCCAUAGACUCUCUCUCUUUAAACGUUACCAAAAUGUUGUCGUCGCGCGUGCGUAAAUUGUUGCUGUGCGAAAAUGUGCAAAUGAAAAAACUAUUCAAUGAAAGGAAAAUACGCAGAGAGAUUUGGGUGCACGAAAUUUUUCGGAAUCGCCCGGUACUUGGGGAAUUUCACCGUAUGUAUGAGCAGCUUCGAACGUUCCCAAUAAAAUUUGCCGAAUACGCAAGAAUGCAGGUGGAGACCUUUGACUAUAUUUUAAAUAAAAUUGAAUCGCGAAUUCAAAAGCAGCAGACAUUCCUUCGAGAACCAAUUGGACCCAAAGAAAGACUUUUUGUUACAUUGCGAUGUAAAUCGCGUUCUGAAUUGAUACGUGUAUCUGCUGCAGUAAUGGGCAUUGAGUUUUCGUACGCGGCAGAAACAGCAUUUGUGUCUCCGACUCUACUUAAAAUCGGAGUUGAGCAUCAGCAUAUGACAUUGGUUUGGGCAUUAUCUCCUCUAGUCGGAUUUUUUUUAUGCCCAAUAUUGGGAUCAUUAUCUGACCGAUGCAAGUUAAAUAUGGGACGACGGCGGCCAUUUAUAUUACUGCUAUCAAUCGGAGUAGUUUUUGGACUUCUUUUGGUACCAAAUGGUGAAAGUUUGGGUUAUUGGUUUGGCGACGAAAAUCAGUACCCGCCUAAUGUAUUUUCAGUAAGCAACAUGACGCAAAAUGCCACUCACAAUAUGCAUAGCUCUUCAAAGAACUCCCAUCCUUGGGGAAUUUUUUUUACUGUUUUGGGGACUGUUCUUCUUGACUUUGACGCAGAUGCUUGUCAAAGUCCUUCAAGAGCGUAUCUUCUGGAUGUGUGUGUUCCCGAAGAUCAUGCCAAGGGUCUCUCUACUUUCACUAUAAUGGCAGGACUGGGAGGAUUUUUUGGCUAUUCAAUGGGAGGCCUUAACUGGGAUGACACAGAAAUUGGUCGUCGAUUGGGAGGACAUGUCAAGGCUGUUUUCUCAAUUAUAACGUUUAUAUUUGUGGCUUGUGUUACAAUAACAAUUACCAGCUUUUCCGAAAUUCCACUUUGGGCACUAUCGGGCUCAGAAAAUAAUGACAGUCGAAAGGAACAAGAACAGUUAGAAGUGCCUCUUUCAACUUACGGUGCUAUUGACAUUGACGUAUCAAGCAAGAACGCUGAAAAUAAGAAAGAGCUUAUAACUGGAACGACAUCAGAUCACACCUCAACCUUGAAGGAUGUUGAUGAAACUUCAUUCACAGAACUUCCAGAACCCUUAACACAAACAAUUGAAGUGGAAAAUUUACAACAGACGCAGAGCUCCGUACAAAUAGAGACAUUAUCACACUAUUUACUAUCCAUUAUAUACAUGCCAUACUCCUUGCGAAUGGUAUGCCUCACGAAUCUUUUUUGUUGGAUGGCGCACGUUUGCUACUCACUUUAUUUUACUGAUUUUGUGGGCGAAGCUAUAUUCAAUGGUGACCCAAAGGCAACAGAAGGCUCAAACCCUCAGAUCCGUUACGAAGAGGGCAUUCGCUUCGGAUGUUGGGGAAUGGCAAUGUAUUCACUGUCAUGUGCUUGCUAUUCCCUUGUUAUAGACAAGCUUAUUCAACGUUUUCGGGCCAAGCUUGUAUACAUUGGAGGUCUUUUUUUUUAUUGCACUGGAAUGGCCUUAAUGGCCUUGACUCGAGCCAAAAUAAGUGUCAUACUGUUUAGCUGGACAGCGGGUGUUAUGUAUUCUACUCUCUUCACCAUGCCAUAUUUACUUGUAGCACACUACCACUAUUUAUCCACGUUUGAGUUAGAUGAAAAUGGACAAGCAAAACAUGGAUCAGGAGUAAGAGGAUUGGGCACUGAUAUUGCCAUUAUAAGUAGCAUGGUAUUCUUAGCCCAGUUUAUUUUAUCUAUGUGUAUGGGUACAAUUAUUAAAAUAUCGGGUACUACAACAGCUGUUAUUUAUACUGCAAGCUUCUUGAGCCUCUGUGGAGCAUUUUCUGCUACAAAGAUAAUGUAUUUGGACUUAUAAGUCUUUUAAAACAAAACAAAAAUUAUUAAGAAUGCAAAUGUUACGCACCUUAAUACGUGCUAAGAAUUAAUGCAAUCAAACUUAUUUAUUAUUAAGUUGAAGGUAAUAAAUCAACGACUAUAUAUUCAAUUAUUAAAGAAUC